AUGGAUGUGAUGACUGUGGACCAGUUAAGGGAAGAGUGCUGCGAGGUGGAGCGCAAUUUUGGACGACGAGGACGCGCGGCCUAUGCGCACCCGAUGCGUUAUCAUCCGGCGGAGAAGGCCAGGGUUUGCGAGGCAGCUGGUCCCGACACUGCAGAGGAUUCCCAGUGGCAGGUGGAGGCGUUACAAGCCAAGACCCGAAAUCCGUUCCGAGCGGGCUGCUGGAAUUGCGGAGCCGUAGACCACGGGUUCCGUGACUGCACGGCAACAGAGCGGCGCCUGUUCUGCUACCGAUGCGGAAGGCCAGACACCGUGUCUCCGAAAUGUCCGGAUUGCGCGGAAAACGGUCGGCUGGGCGAUCCGAGGGCGGGAGGGAUGCGCCCAGACAAGAGUCCCGCGAAGAAGUACUUGGAGGCCAGGAAUCGGAUCUUCUCCAACCAUCAAUUGAGCGGGAUGAGAUUGGUGUCUCGGAAAGUCCAGAAGGCCAGGGAUCGAUUCCGGAAGAGACGAGCGAGGAGGCUGAAGUGGUUGCCGCUGUGA